CAAAUACAGUUCAGAAUUGUUGCCGGCUCGUACGAGCACUCGCUCUUGUGUCUUUCCGUGACAAUCCCGCUGACGCAGGACAAAGCGGAGAAGGACAUCAGACAGCCACAUUUCCAGCCAAUCUUUCAUUUCCAGGCACAUGCCAUGUCUAUCAGAUCCAUGGAUAUUGCCAAACGGUACUUAGUAACAGGGUCGAACGACGAACACAUCAGAAUUUACGACUUGCAGAAGAGAAAGGAACUAGGCACGCUUUUGCAGCACCAAGGUUCGAUCACGAAGCUCUUAUUUUCAAACGAGGUCGAUGAAUCCGACGACAAGGAGGAUUCCGAAAAGACCAAUGACGAGGACACCCCACAAUAUCCUAACCACAAGAAGGGAAGAUGGCUGCUCUCUGCGUCUGAGGACGGUACAAUAAUCAUAUGGCGGACAAAGGACUGGGAGAAGUUUGGAUUGUUGAAGGGUCACAAGGGCGCAGUAAACGACUUGGCCAUCCAUCCAAGUGGUAGAGUCGCCAUUUCUGUUGGUAGUGAUCAGACGGUUAGAUUGUGGAACUUGAUGACUGCAAAAAAGGCCAGUAACCUCAAGCUCAGGGGUGCUUUGACGCGUGGCCAGGUGGGAUCCUUCAUACGGUUUGACUCUGCAGGCGACUUCUUCGUCGUUGGAUUUAGAGAUAGGAUCAUGUUCUACAAGACCAGAGAGGCGAAAAUGUGCAACCUCCUCAAAACAGGUAGAAACGUGCUUAUGGCAGUUGAGUUCGUCACGCUAGCAAACGGCAAGGAGUACCUUGUUCUAGCCCUCAACGAUGGAUCGAUCAAUUUUUACGAGUUCAGCAAUCACAUCUAUGAGCCUGUGAAUAAACAGGUUAAUGAGAUAGAUGGUGGAGACCUUGACAGCAUUCCUAAGCCAGACUUCUGUCUUCAGGGUCACGCAGUGAGAGUGAAAGGAAUCUCCUUCUACGAGGAACUCGUGAACGGCAAGCUCUAUAUCUACAUGACGUCUAUCUCCUCCGAUGGCCAGAUUGUUGUAUGGAACUUGGACGCCAACGUGAUGGACCAGGUCGCAGUGUACUCCACGGGCGAGCGGUUGAACGUCAUCUCCACCGUGCAGGAGAGCAUCGAGAAGGCCGACACCAUGAAGCCUAUAUACAACCCUAACGACGAGAAGUUGAAGGACGUCGCCACCGACAGUGAGUACGAGAGUGAUGGUGAAAGCCUGGCACAUGUAAUGGAGGGGCGCAAGAAGAAGAAGUCGACCAAGAAACAA